AUGAGAGUCUCACCAAAAGCAAGAGUAAUCAAUGUGGCCGCCGGUGGCUACGGGUUAGGCAAAGUUAAUUUUACCAACAUUAACCUGCGAAACGGAGUGUACAAUAGGCUAGACGGUUAUAAUAAUAGUAAAUUGUGUCAGGUGCUAUUCAAUCGGGAACUGGCCAGGCGCUUGAAUAAUAUCCACAUAAACACAUAUAGCCUAAAUCCGGGAGCCAUUGAUACGGACAUUAAGAGACAUACAGUUAACUCGAGUUUCAUUAGCCGACUGGUGCUCAUGAGCCCAGAAUUGGGCUCUCAAACAACACUGUACUGCGCUCUCGAGAAUGCGCUCGACAAUGAGUCUGGUUUUCAUUAUGAUAAUUGCCGUCGUGUUAAACAUAUGGCACCGAACGGUACGGACAAUGCCGUCGCCGGCAAACUCUGGGAUCUGAGCGUUCAAUUGGUUCAACUCGAGCCAGAGUUUAGGAUUUAA